UCCCGGAAAACUUUCCACGGAUAGUCGCCGUAUUCUAUCGCCUGCCCUAGGGGGUGUAAGAAAGUGUUUACACCAUGCUGGAUAUGGACGCAGACGAGAUUGCUAAGUUGGUGGACGGAGCGUAUAAGAAUAUUCUGGAGAAAUUCAAUCCAUGCGCCCGUCAGCUGAUUUCUGCGGGGAAAGCUUAUCUUAAAUCUCUUCAUGGUGCUGUAGCUUCCUCUAAGACCUAUUUGGAAAGUAUCAGCAAGCUGGCAAGACACGCCCACCAGGCUACUUGGGGAGGAUCCACAGAUAUAGGCACUGCACUCAUGCAACUGGUAGAAGUUCACAAAGAGAUACAUGCUCAACAAACUAAUAUUUUAAAAGCCUUUUAUGUGGAUCUUCUGCUACCUCUGGAAUCAAAUCUAGAAAAAGAUACGAAAGUCGUUGCGGGAGAGCACAAACGAUUCCUUCAGCAACACAAGUCCCACCAUGAUUCCUAUCAGAAAGCCCUCUCCAUGUGCAAGAAGCAGAAGAAACGAACUAGAAGUAGCCUCCUCACAAUUGGAAAGGAUGUCAAACAACUGCACGCGAUGGAAGAUGAGAAGAAAAAACUGGACGGAUUUUGCGACCAAAGUUUGAAGCAAGCCAUUACUCAGGAGCGCAGACGAUAUGGUUUCGUUCUGGAACGCCAGUGCUCCCUCGCUAAACACUAUUUAGCCUACCACACAAAGGGUCAAUCACUUCUACAGCACAAUUUGGAGCAAUGGCUAGAGAUAGUGAAAACGCGUGAGCGCCUUCCAGAGUCCAUUGAAAAGAUGUUUGAGGACAGUAAUACUUCCAAGAUUGGCAGCGAGUACGCCAGUUCAUCCAUCGUUAUCAGUCCGAUGUCUUGCCAAAAUAUGAGCUGCAACACCUCCCCAACAAUCGGUGGAAUGCGUAAAACGCAAAGCAUCGACUCAAGCUACUUGGACCUGAGGGACUACGAGGACGCUCCUUACCCGAGGCCGUUGUCCAGAGCAAAGUCUGACUUCAACCUCACUUCGUCCAGUGCCAGUCUAGUCUCAAGCGAUUAUAGUUCCUCACUGCGUGCAAAGACUAUGGCUUCAGUGGACGGUAAGUCCAACAGCAGCUACCACGUACGCGCUCUCUACUCGUAUCUGUCUAGCGGCGAACACCAACUCAGUUUCCACGAAGGGGACGUCAUAGUUCUCAUUGGGGAAAGGAACAAGGGGUGGCAAUAUGGAGAAAACCUCAGGAAUCACAGAGUUGGAUGGUUUCCUAUUGCUUAUACCGAGCCAAUAUUAGACAGCUCAGAAAGCGAAGAACAAAGCAGCGGCAGUCCGGAACGAAGUCACUGGGGUGAUAAUUCUCGAACACAUUUGGGCAUUGGUGGAUCUCCUCUGUCCAGAACACCCCGACGACCCUCCAGCAGUUACACCCUCAGCUCUCAUGCCCUGCCUCCUGAGCCACCCAUCAACCAUACAUCUGCCAGGCCCCACUCCACUUUCACGGACAGUCCACUUUUCUCCACCAAAGACAUAGGAUCAAAAGCCACUCCUGUAAAAACAAAGCAGACACCGCGUACACCCCUACACGAUGCAAAUCACCAGACAGUUGCUCCCAUUGCAAGUUCCACAACGGUGACGUAUGCUUCCAUCAAAUUCCAUCAUCCGCCCUUGCAAGAACUCCAAGAGACCCCGCAGAUCUUUCGUUCCCCUCGUCGAUCCCUCACUGCUCCUUUUCCCAUAUCCGUGCCUCCUCCAAAUCCGCCGUCUCUUCAUAGCAGCAAUGAUUCGGGAUUCUGCAAUGAAGCCAGUCCCACUCCUUGUUCACAGAUAGAGGGAGCCACUGUCGAAGAAGGAGCAGCAGAUAAAGAAUCCAGGGAUAACAUGUUUGCUGGAGUCAAACUUCGUAAAGUGGUCACCAACGAUAGAUCUGCUCCUAUGAUAUCAUAAAGUCCGUUGUCAAGUUAAAGAUAUAAAAAUCAAGAACUGACCGUCUCAAAAUGACCUAUGUGUAUAUCCAGAGUAUUUAAAAAACAACCUGAACAAAAGUGUGCAUAUUAGAACAUGAACCUUUCAUAAAGGUUUGGGAACAAUUGUGUUCUUUGCAAAAUGGUGCAGACAGUCUUUUGCAUAUGAAUAUGCCCACCUUAAGGAAAAAACGGUGAAUGAAAAUUAUUAUAGGGAGCUGACUUUUACAAACUGCUUGGAAAAAUGAAAGUUAUCCACUUUCAAAAGUUUGCUCCAAAUAUAGUAGUUGUUUUUGCUUUCAAAUGGGACAUGAUUCAUAUUCAUGUAAUAAAGUUGGUUGUACUGCCACUUUUAAAAUGCAAGACAGAAGAAUGGAAUCAAUGAAUUCUCGUGUUUACAGUGAAUUUAAUCUUUUCCUAACUACAAAAUUUAUUACUGAAAAUCUACUAUGUUUGGGCAUGUGUUUAUUUUUGUAAAUACUUAUUAUUAUUAAACCAAUCGAUGAUAGAGAAAUUAAAAAGGCUUACAGUGAAAUGACAUUUUGUUGGCUUAAAAAAUAAUAUAUAAUAUAAAUAGCAAAAAAUGUAGGUUAAUUUACGACGUACUUUGAAAAAAAUCACAAUGAAUAUCUUAAUGGUUAAUGGCGAAGCAGUUGAACAGGCGUUAUAAAGCCUCCGUUUAUGUAUAAUCUUCACUUUCUUCAUUUUUUAUCUAUAUAUUUCCUAUCCUGGUUUGGAUGAGUUGAAAGAUUUUUGUUAAAAGGUGGAUAGUAAAUGUAGAAAUCUGGAUCAUCUUCGUCUUAUCACUUAACAUAUACAACGACCAUAAAAUCCUAAUCUGAACCUCUUUUUUGAAUUGUGAAUACUGUAAUGGAAUUUGAAAUAAAACUAUAUAUUUCAGUAAAUUCAAUGUCGUCACCAUUAGUAAAUUUCAAUGCCAUAAUACCAUGACAGUACUCUAAUCCUUUUUAA